UGACCCUUCUCCUCCGAGCCGCGUCAAAGAAAACAACCUCGUGCGAGCUCUCUCUCUCUCUCUCCCCUCUCCCCACCUGGCCUCCUCUCUCGCUCUCUCCCUUCCCUCCGCUCGCCAAUCCCUUCACCGUCUAACCCCGCCCCCGCCCUAGCGGCCACCGGAAUCGGCCGCCCCCGACGGCGAAUCCGCGGCGCCCGCCCCGCGAAUCCGGGCUGCCCGCGCCCAGAUCCGUCCCCCGCCAGCGGCGCCUCCGGAUGACAUGAGCCGCCCCCAUUUGCCCAAAGACCACGCCUGCCCGCGCGCCAAUGGGUUCUCCUCGGACGGCGGGGUCCGCCGUCUCUGCGAGAUCGAGGAGGCGGACGCGGCCGUAGCAGGCGACCAGUCAUGGUCGGGGUCGCCGUCGCAGUCCACGUCCCCGUCGUCGGCGUCGUCGCAGCCGAUGUCGUCUUGUGGGCAGUACAUCCUGCACCGGGUGGGCAAGUUCGACACCCUCGCCGGCGUCGCGAUCAAGUACGGUGUCGAGGUAGCGGACGUCAAGAGGCUGAAUGGUCUCUCGACUGACCUCCAGAUGUUUGCACAUAAGACACUGCGUAUUCCGCUCCCCGGGCGGCAUCCCCCGUCGCCUUUCCAGCAGAAUGGUUCAUGCGACUGUGAUGACAGGGAAUGUUCUCCACGGCGCCUACAUGAUGAUCUAUUGGAUACAGUUUUGAGAACACCAAGACACAAAGUCUCGCCAGCCAUGAGCCUUUUGCAGGGAUACUAUGGUCUCACGCCACCUCCAAAGAGGGAUCCAACACUCGAAGGAACUGAGAUGGCAGUAUAUGGAAAAGGCAAAUCCGUAUCCUUGGAUGAUGAGCCGUGGUCUGCAGGGCCAUCAAAUCCCAAUAAAUUCCUGUUUGAGCAUCGGAAAACCAGAAGCCUGACAAUAGGUUCUCAUGUGAAUGGUGAACCCGAGGAGAAUGGCGACAGCGAAAGACCAAUAAGGCGCCGCCAGAAAGCUGACGGCGAGUUGUUACUUCGGGAGGAAAACGGCAGCGCUUUACUGUCGAGGGCUGGGAAAGGCCUGGCAUUGAGGCCAAAGUCAGGCAAUCGGCCGGACAUGAACAAGAGUCAUCAGAAUCUUAUUGCAAUGUUGGAGCCUUCAUUCGAUGAUGGACUCCAAACUGUAAAGAAAUCGUCGAGCACUCCUGAGUUCCAAGAGCCGGAGAGCAACAGUAGCUCCUCCAUAUGGUCGGCUAGCAAGUGGAGCUUGAAACCAGACGGGUUCACCCUCCCUCUUUUUGACAGCAUUCCGAAGCCUAUCGCCGCAUGGAAAAACAAGGCGGCUCGAGAUUAGCAGUUCUCUAUGUCUUGGCUAUCCACAUGAUUUCUCCCCCGCUGAUCUCUGGCUAUAGCCCAUGGAGGAGCUUGAUCUCAGAUUGUCACAGGUCCUCACAUUGAGCUUGAUCUCAGAUCGGCACAGGUCCUAACAUCGAUGGAGGCAGGGCAGGACCUCGAUUGGUUCUUCCUGGUAGCUGCAACACACCAAGGUCAGGACACACCUGUCUUCAGCGAUGCGGCGACGGUGUCGAGAUCAGCGUCCGGUUUGCAUGAUUCCCAUGCUAUAUUGGAGAUGUUGCACCUGCACCCGGUAGAGGCGUUACGAUUUCUUCACAUAAAGUUAUAGAUAACACAGAGCCUUGGGUAUUCGAGGAUAUUCUUUUGUACACAUUGGAGAUAAUGUAGGAUUAAUAGCAGGGCUAUAUGUUGUAUGUGUGAUCCCAAACGCUAAUAUAGAAAGAGUGGUCUUGUUUAACUUGCACACGGGUUUUCUUGUGUGUUAGCUGCUCAAUCACAAUAAAUUUCUCAGUCAUUUCGCCA